AUGGCUCGUAUACUCAUCACAGGCUCCUCAGACGGGCUAGGUUCCCUCACUGCCCGCGCCCUGGUCAAGAGAGGGCAUUCCGUGGUCCUGCAUGCGAGGAACGACCAGCGAGCCCAAGAUGCGAGGGCCGCUUGCCCGGGCGCCGAGACAUGUGUCGUCGCCGAUCUGUCCGACAUCGCACAGACAAAAACCAUGGCCCAAGAUAUCAAUAACCUUGGAGCCUUUGACGCAGUAAUCCACAAUGCUGGUCUUUAUACAGGUCCCUACCGAAGGACCAAAGAGGGUUGGCCGAGCAUCGUCGCAGUCAACACCCUAAGCCCCUAUAUCCUCACAAGCCUGAUCGAACCUAAGCCGAAGCGACUCGUGUUCGUGUCUUCCGGCCUUCAUAGCGGUGGCGACCCUGCAUGCAAAGAUAUCACAUGGCAAGAGCGUGGAGAAAAGGGCUUUAGAGAUUUCCAGGCAUACUCGGAUACUAAGCUGCACGAUAUUCUGUUGGCCUGCUUUUUUGCUAGGAGAUGGCCUCAUGUGAAGAGUAAUUCGUUGGACCCAGGCUGGGUAGCCACCAAGAUGGGAGGUGCAGGCGCCACAGGAGACAUCAAUGCCGCGGUCGAUACCUAUGUGAUGCUCGCGGAAGGAACUGGGGCGGCUAAGGAUGCCUCUGGCAAGUACUGGUAUCACUGUAAGAUAAGAUCGCCAAAGAGAGAAUCAACCGAUGAAACUGUUCAGGAGAAUCUCAUCAGCCAGCUGGAAGAGCUCACGGGGAUUGAGGCUCCCUGAUCUUUAACGCAAGCCGUUUAGAGAACAAAUGGACACGAAAGGAUACAGGGAUUACGGGGCGGCGAUGCCUACAUGUAGGCAGAGCCCGUCUAUGACCCGAAGAUAAGGAAGUUAUCCCACGAUCAUGGCUUGAAUACGAGGAUAUUCCCAGGGACUACCUGUCUGGCAUAAUCCCAGACCCCCUGUAUCAAGCACCGAUCGAGUUCGCGC